AUGAGGUACAAAGACUGGGACGUUCUCCUCUUCGAGCAAAGCUCACCUGUUCCCCUGCAAGAAUUCAAGGUGGGAUGCUAUGCCGUCGAAGAUACGGAGUGUCCGCGAAAUUCUGGUAUUCCGAUCGUCACAUGCUUCGUCCCCAGCCUUGAGCCUGGCACUCCCUUCCAGAUAUCGAUCCACUCUUGGAAGCAACCAAACAUCGAACAACCCAACGAUGCCAACGACGAAGACUGUCCGUCUAUUGGUGCUAGACUCUUUAUCGAUGGGGGUCUCGUUGCGUCGACCUUUACAAAUAAGAGCAUCUCCUGGCCUUGCAUUAUAUCACACAUAGAUGCCAAGGUCAUCAGGUUCCCCAUGUUCCAACGAGAGCUUCUCCGUCAGCGCCACUGGAGCGCAGCCGACAACCUUGGUCGCAUCAAACUUGUCAUCAGCGAAGGUGUCUGCCAUGGCUCUGAAGACAAUAAGACCUUCGAAAACGUCCAUAAUUUGGUGAUAUUUUCUUUUCAGCAUGCACCCCAAGAUCUGCUCGAACGCCUAGAGAUAGCAUGGCCUAACCCUUCCAUGUGGCGGCGACUACAACAAUCCGCGGAGACUUCUUCCGGCUCCCAAUUCACAAAGCAGCCUGUCAUGCAGCAACCACUUUACGAAUUUCAAGGCCAAGCACUUUCCGAGUACAACAAUACUGCUCAUCCUGGAACACCUUCCUUCUUUUUGACUCAUCAGUCCGCCGUCGAAUGUGCAAAUGCUCCGAUGAAUGCGACAAUGUCACCCUGGAACCAUGCCGUUCCACCACACAUUCAGAGCACAGCGCCACAUAUGUCAACUCCCGAUGUGCCCUUUCGCAAAGAGAAUUACCAGAUUCCAACGUGGCCAGGUUCACCCAUACUCGCUGAUCCUUCGUUUGCAUUGGGCCAUCUAUCGCAACAACAGGUAUUGCAGCAGAUGUGCACCCCAUCGAACGGUAGUGCUCCCAUACCUCUCGUCCGACCUCAGAGUGCUGCAGUCAAUAGGUCAGUCGAACUCGGCCGAGCACCAACAGGGAAUCCUGCGAGGCUUCUUUUCGCUGCACCGACUUUGGACGCAGCCAAGAGAUCAGCAAAGAGAGCCCGUACUGAUACUCCAACGUCUACACUAACCGUGGAAGAGGAGGAAGAUGUUCGAAAGUGUAAUUCCCGGUUCAAUCUCAGUCCUUUUGGAAUGUCCAACGCCCCUGGCGGCAUCGCUUAG